GAAGAGGCUCCUGAAGAACAGAGUCCUGAUAUGGACCAGCUGAAGCUGGAGCUCCUCCACGUAAAGGAGGAAAGUGAAAGAAUCUGGGCCAGCCCGGAUGAAGAACAACUGAAUGUGAAGAAGGAGACUGAUGAUACCAGGUUUCCAGUAACUGUUGUUCAUAUGAAGAGUGAAGAGGAUGAAGAGAAACCUGUGCUCUCUCAGCUUCAUCAACACCAGACAGAAGACAGAAAUCUUCCAAGCAGCAUCUCAAAUGACCAGAUAAAAGCAGAAAUUAAAGUAGAGGACUGUGGAACAGCAGAAACCAGCAUGAACCCAGAUCUAAAUACUCAUGGAGGCUCUUCCAACUAUUCACUGACUGAAGACGGUGAGGAUGAUGAUGUGAAGCAUCAUGAAUCUGAGCUUAAACGCUUGUCAGACUCUGAAACUGAAGACAGUGAGGAUGAUUGGAAGGAGAGCAGGGCUCCAGGAUCAGGCCGAAACACUGUCAACAAAUCUUUGAGCUGCUCUGAGUGUGGGGGAAAAUUUGCUACCAGACGCUCUCUUCAGAGUCACAUGACAUGUCAUCCAAGAUUAACGUCUUCAGUUUGUUCCGGUAAUGAGACGUGUUUCAGAGAAAAGAAAAUUAUAGAUUUACUGACCAAAGGUUUUACCAGGAAAUAUGAUUUAAAACAACACACAAAAGUCCACACUGGGGAGAAACCCUUUAUCUGUGAUGCAUGUGGAAAAAGAUUUGCCUACAAGUCGGGUUUAAAGAAGCACAUGAGAAUUCACAAAGGAGACAAACCCUUUGGUUGUGAUGCAUGUGGAAAAAGAUUUGCCUACAAGUCAGAUUUAAACAUACACAUGAGAAUCCAUACAGGAGAUAAACCUUUUGGUUGUGAUGCAUGUGGAAAAAGAUUUGCCUACAAGUCAGAUUUAAACAUACAUAUGAGAAUCCAUACAGGAGAUAAACCUUUUGGUUGUGAUGCAUGUGGAAAACGAUUUGUCUCCAAUUCAGUUUUAAACAAGCACAUUAGAAUUCACAAAGGAGACAAACCCUUUGGUUGUGAUGCAUGUGGGAAAAAAUUUCUCUCCAAGUCAAAAUUAAACACACACAUGAUAAUCCAUACAGGAGAUAAACCUUUUGGUUGUGAUUUAUGUGGAAAAAGAUUUGCCUACAAGUCAGAUUUAAACAUACACAUGAGAAUUCACACAGGAGAUAAACCUUUUGGUUGUGAUGCAUGUGGAAAACGAUUUGUCUCCAAGUCAAAAUUAAACGCACACAUAAGAAUCCACACAGGAGACAAACCUUUUAGUUGUGAUGUAUGUGGAAAAAGAUUUGUUCAGAAGUCAACUUUAGACAAACACAUGAGAAUUCACACAGGAGAUAAACCUUUUAGUUGUGAUGUAUGUGGAAAAAGAUUUGUGCAGAAGUCUACUUUAGAUAAACACAUGAGAAUCCACACAGGAGACAAACCCUUUGGUUGUGAUGAAUGUGGAAAACGAUUUGCAGUCAAGUCACAAUUAAACACGCACAUAAGAAUUCACACAGGAGAUAAACCUUUAGUUGUGAUGCAUGUGGAAAAAGAUUUGUCUCCAAGUCAAAAUUAAACACACACAUGCGAAUCCACACAAGCGACUAACCUUUGCUUGUGAUGCAUGUGGAAAAGUUGUGCUUCAAAAUCAUAUUUAUACAAACACAUGACAAAUCCACACAGGAGAGAAAAAACAUUUGGUUCAGAUGCUUGUGGCAACUUCUUUGCCUUCAAGUCAUCUUUAAACAUACACACAAGAAUCCAAACUGGAGAGAAAUAUUUGGGAUGUAAUAAAUGUGGUAAAACUUAAGUGAAAUCCAAACCAACACACUAGAAUUUACAUAAAAGAUAAACCCUUUGCUGGUUAUGAUUGUGGAAAAGAUUUAAGCAUAAUUUAAGACCCUCUUUACACCAUAUUGCGUAGGUCCCAGGAAAUAAUGUUUUUCCACGUCUGUUAUCAGUUUAGCUAGCCAAUAGUGGCAGAUUCAUGGAAGUCCCAAUUGCUUGUGCUGAAAAGCAGCAGCAGCUCGCUUAUUUAGUUUGCCUGGGAGUGGCUAUUCACCAGAUAGAUAGUGGUGAAAAAGUGUUUGCCACCUAAACCUAAUAACUGGUUGGGCUAACCCUCAACAGCAACAACUGCAAUAAAACGUUUGCUAUAA